UACCGCGGAUGCCAGACGAAGACCCGCUCCGGUCGCACGUGCCAGAACUGGGACUCGCAGACUCCUCACCACCACACGCGCAGAAACGAAGCCAAGGGCUCCGCGGGCAACAACUACUGCCGCAACCCCGAUGGCGAGCCCACCAUCUGGUGCUACACGACUGACCCGAACAAGCGCUGGGAAUUCUGCGAUCCUCUGCCAGAAUCCUCUGCCGAGGAGGCUCCCUCCCCGCCCGCCCCCACUCUGAGGGGAGUUGGCGACGAAGGCUACCGCGGAUGCCAGACGAAGACCCGCUCCGGUCGCACGUGCCAGAACUGGGACUCGCAGACUCCUCACCACCACACGCGCAGAAACGAAGCCAAGGGCUCCGCGGGCAACAACUACUGCCGCAACCCCGAUGGCGAGCCCACCAUCUGGUGCUACACGACUGACCCGAACAAGCGCUGGGAAUACUGCGAU